AUGCUUCCUCGUCUGGCUUCUUGUUGCUGGAGUGCUCGAUUCCUCUCUCACUCUUUGCUGUUGUCUCCUCUCACUUCCACCAGGUAUAACACGAAGUGUCUUGUUAAUUACAACAUGACUGUGGACAACAAUUUGCUAGCCGAACCUAUGAGGCGUGCUAAUUUUCGAUUAUGCAAUGUGUCAGGUCACAUUUCUGAAGUAUUGGAGAUUCGAGCUGAGGCUCCUAAAUUGCAUGUCCUGUUUGUUCCUGGAAACCCAGGAGUUAUUUUAUUCUACAAGGACUUUGUGGAAUUUCUAUAUGAGCUACUGGAGGGAACUGCGUCUGUGACAGUCAUGUUUCUCCGUGAAUUAGCAGCUAUUGGCCAUGUUUCUCACUCAAGAAAGGACUUGGAAAAAGGACGCAUGUUUUCUUUACAAGAACAAAUUGAUCACAAGAUUGAUUUCAUCCGAGAGGAAUUGCAAAAUAUUGAGAUUCCUAUAUUACUGGUUGGGCACUCUAUUGGUUCAUACAUAUCUAUUGAAAUUUUCAAGAAGUCUCCAGAGAAGGUGAAAUAUUGCAUUGGACUUUAUCCAUUUUUGACAUUAAACCUGCAGUCAACAACACAGUUAUUUAUUGGAAAAAUUGCAAAGUCUCAAGUUCUAGCUUCUGCUCUUAGUUACCUGAUAGCAUCAUUAGGAUUGUUACCUGUUCGGGCUUUAAGGUUUAUGGUCAGAAAAUCCCUUGGGAAGUCAUGGUCAGUCAAUGCAGUUGAGGCUGCAUGCUCUCACUUGUCCCAGUACCAUACCAUGCGGAAUGUCCUGUAUAUGGCCAUGACUGAGUUCCGAAAGCUUUCAGAGACACCAGAUUGGACAUUUAUGAGAGAAAGGAAGGCUCAAUUGGCAUUUUUAUUUGGUGUUGACGAUCACUGGGGCCCACUUAAUUUGCUUGAAGAGUCUGGGAGUGCCUCCAUCGGAGAGCAUGUGUAA